AUGGAGCUGCGCUCUGAGCUGCCCAGCGUACCCGGCGCGGCGACGGCGGCGGCGACAGCGACGGGGCCGCCCGUGGCUUCGGUGGCGUCGGUGGCAGCGGCGGCGGCGGCGGCCGCUUCGCUACCGGUGAGCGUGGCGGGCGGCUUGCUCCGGGCGCCGCCGCUGCUGCUGCGGGCUACGGAGAAGUACCCGCGGACGCCCAAGUGCGCGCGCUGCCGCAACCACGGCGUGGUGUCUGCACUCAAGGGCCACAAGCGCUACUGCCGCUGGAAGGACUGCCUGUGCGCCAAGUGCACGCUCAUCGCAGAGCGCCAGCGCGUCAUGGCGGCGCAGGUGGCGCUGCGCAGGCAACAGGCUCAGGAAGAGAACGAGGCGCGCGAGUUACAGCUGCUCUACGGCACCGCCGAGGGCCUGGCGCUGGCCGCCGCCAAUGGCAUCAUCCCGCCGCGACCGGCCUACGAGGUCUUUGGCUCUGUGUGCGCAGCCGACGGCGGGGGGCCGGGAGCUGGAGCGCCCGCGGGGACCGGGGGCGGCGCCGCGGGCGCGGGGAGCUCAGAGGCCAAGUUACAGAAGUUUGACUUGUUCCCCAAGACGCUGCUUCAGGCAGGCCGCCCAGGCAGCCCGCAGCCGCAGCCGGGAAAGCCCUUAUCACCCGACGGCGCGGACUCGGGUCCUGGGGCAUCGUCCCCAGAGGUGCGGCCGGGCUCGGGCUCGGAGAACGGCGACGGCGAGUCCUUUUCUGGGUCACCCCUGGCCCGGGCCUCCAAAGAGGCAGGUGGCAGCUGCCCAGGCAGUGCUGGCCCCGGAGGUGGCGGCGAGGAGGACAGCCCGGGAUCCGCCAGCCCUUUGGGUUCAGAAUCCGGUUCCGAGGCCGACAAAGAAGAGGCGGAGGCCUCGCCCGCGCCAGGGCUGGGCGGGGGCCCGGGUCCACGGCAGCGGACGCCGCUGGACAUCUUGACGCGCGUCUUCCCGGGCCACAGGCGGGGCGUCCUGGAGCUGGUGUUGCAGGGCUGCGGCGGCGACGUGGUGCAGGCCAUCGAGCAGGUGCUCAACCACCACCGCGGGGGCCUGGCGGCCGGCCUCGGCCCCACCGUGCCCCCAGAUAAGGCCGCAGUGGGGGCGGUAGGCGCCGCGGACGACGCGUGGCCAGGCCGCGUGGACGCCGCGGCCGCCGGGGGCCCGGGGCUCCCCGCGCCGCUGCAGGCGGGCCCCGCCGCACCUCCGCACCACAGACCUUUGCUGGCCGGCGCCAUGGCGCCCGGGGCUCUGGGCUCGCUGAGCAGCCGCUCGGCCUUCUCGCCACUACAGCCCAACGCCAGUCAUUUCGGCGCCGACGCCGGCGCCUACCCGCUGGGCGCGCCGCUCGGCCUCAGCCCCCUGCGCCUGGCCUACUCGGCGGCGGCGGCACACAGCCGCGGCCUGGCCUUCAUGGCUCCCUACUCCACCGCUGGCCUGGUGCCCACCCUCGGCUUCCGCCCGCCCAUGGACUACGCCUUCAGCGAUCUCAUGCGCGACCGCUCGGCCGCCGCCGCUGCCGUGCACAAGGAGCCGACCUACGGCAGCGGCCUGUACGGGCCCAUGGUCAACGGCGCCCCUGAGAAGCAGUAG